GGAUGGGCCGAACUUUCAGGAAUGGGUGUUCACGAUCACUUAUAUAAAGACAGCACAGGACUCAGAGGAGAGACGACCAGCAGCUAAACUCCAGUCUGAUGAGGCAUUCAGGAACAUCAGAAGUUGAUCCAAAAUGACAACAACAAAGCCACCAUCUCAGCCCAUUGAAAAAUGGACCGAGAAAGAUGUCCACCUGUGGCUAAAGACAGAGGUCAAAGUUCAUGAGACGUGUGCAGAUAAAUUCUGUGGAGAGGAAGUGUCCGGAGACAUUUUAGUUGACCUUGAAAAGAAAGAUAUAUUAGGAUUUGGAAUAAAGCAUGGUCCUGCUGUGAAAAUCAAAACCUAUCUAGAAAGGCUUAAAGAAGGAUCACAGCAUGUGGCACAGUUCCCACCAUAUGUGGAAAACUGGACAAAGGAGCAAGUGAAGCAGUGGUUGCUGCAGCAUGUCAACAUAUAUAGCAAAUAUGCACAACGGCUCCAUGAAGAAGAUGUGUCUGGAGAUUGCCUUGUUUGCUUUAACAACCAGGAUUUUCUGGACUUAGACGUCAAAGGCGGUCCUGCUGUAAAGAUCCUGAAAAAACUUGGUCAAUUGAAAAACAAUUCAGGACCGACACUGCAACCCAUCCUUCACACCAGCACGGAUCAAAGAGAAGGUGUAAAACCCACUCAACCUGAACUGCUUCUGGCUCAGCAACCAGAACAACCAGAACAACCAGAACAACCAGAACAACCAGAAGCACAAAACAAAAUUGAAUCAAAGAAACUCAUGAAAAACCUGAAAACUUCUAAGCUUUAUGAUCAUGAAGAGCAACUUUGACAAAAAGUACAUUGAUGAUCUUGCUCGUAACACACUGGAGAACUUUGACUUCAGUUUAAAGGAGGCCUGACUGUUUGCCUUUCUGGCGUUACUGAACACUUAUGUUGCAGAAUCUGAAAUCUCUCUCUCACUCUGUGAAAAUUUUUUGGGGAUGAAAAUGAUUCACUGGAAAGAGGAUAGUGUGAUGGACAGAAUGAAGCGAUAUUCAAACACUCUUAUCAUAGACAAAGUUGAAGAAUGGGGAGGAUACAAAGGAAUCCGAAUCCUUCAUCACUCCAUAGCAUCGGCAUGCCUGGAAGAGUUGGAGAGAAGCUUCUUUUUAAAAGUAAGUGAUAUCACUAUGGAGAUUCUUCACUGUGAUCUGUUCUUCGAUGUUGGAGUUGCCAAACACAGAGACUCAAUUCAAAAAAUGUUGAUUAAAAGGAAGCGAAAAAAAGAUGGAGUAGAGAGAGAACUAUUUUCUCCCCUCAUAGAUAAAAUCCACACCAAGGAAGGGAGACAAAUUGUCCAAAAAAUCUUUGAGAAAGCAUCAUCCAGGUUUG